UCUUGGGUUUUCCUAUCUCUAUGAGCUCCCGCUUCUCGCCUUCUCUUCCUUCUUCCGGUCUCCGCUGAGCUGGUCCGUCGCGCUUUAACGUCCGGCUUCGCGGUCCUGCCAGAAAAGGCCGGCGAUGGCGGAUCCUCCGAGCCCGGAGAAGAGGCGCCUUUGGGGGCGGCUCCGCACCGGCCGCAUAGCUUUGUGGUGCAAGAGCCUCCUGCACGACUAUGCCGAAGCCUGCAAAGAGGUUGUUCUGGGUGUCAGGCAGCGGCCGGGGAAAGCUGGGCUCUACCUCUCACUGCUGGCCGGAGCAGUGGGCUGCAGCCUCCGCAGCCCCUGUGAGUCUUCCUUCGAGGCCAGCCUCCUGGAAGCCUCGGGCACCCUCCUCCUGCUCUCGCCCUGGACCCGCAGCAGCAGCUCGGAAGGGCACGUCCAGCGGCUGACGAAGCUGAGGAACCGGGGCCAGCUGCGCUUCCAGAGCCUGCUCUUCUUCUCCCUCGUCUACGAGGCUCCUUUUGACGCGGGAGCAGAUCUCUACCAGGCGCACUGCAAGUACCUGAAGCCACGCUGGAUGGAGGUUCCCAACGAAGUCCUUGACGUGGGCUUCUGGGGGCGCUGGUGGGUUCUGCACUCCAAAAUGCGGGAUCCGGACAUUAACGAGGAGGAGUUUCAACACCUGCCAGAGCAUCUCAGGACAAUUUCUUUCCAUAACCUCCAUUCGAAAGCCAACGAGAAACUUUUUGACGAGAAAUACAAGCCUGUUGUCCUGACAGAGGAGCAGAUCCAGCAAACAGAAAGGGAGAGUCUGGGAAAUUGAUAUCAUUGAUGUGCCUUGGUGGCUGUAGUUUAUCAUCUCCCUUUGGAGAUGGUGGAACAAAGAAAAAGAUCCAUUAGGAACAUUGUCUGUUUUCUUCUAAGAUCCUGAUUUUCACUGUAUUGUUCAUGUAGACUCAGCCAGGUAUGGUGAAUAAAUGAAUAAAAAAAAGAAGCA